CAACAACUGCAAGUGCAACCCCAUCAACAACAAUUGGCCCAACAACAAGAGCAGUUGCUCCAAUUGCAAGUGCAAUCCCAUCAACGACAAUUAAGCCAAAAACAAGAGCAACUCCAACCCCAACAAUUGAAGGAACUACAAGUCCAGCUCCAGGCACAACAAUUAGUCCAA